GUUUACAUUUGGUAUCAUUGUUAUUAUAAGUAGUGUAGUAAUAGAUAAUUGAAGGGGAGUAAAUAAAAAAUAACAAUAAUGACAAGUAACAGUAAUAAUUUAAUCGUGAAAAAUGUUAUUUAUACUGGAAAUAAAAAUGUGACCUUUAAUCAUGGAACGAAGGUUAUUUUUCAUUUCAAAACCACAAAAUGUGAUGAUAAUGAAACGGUAAUUGAUGAUAGUCGUGUAAUGGGAAAACCAAUGGAAUUAGUAAUUGGGAAAAAAUUUAAACUCGAAGUAUGGGAAACAAUUGUACAGAUGAUGUCUUUGAAUGAAGUCAGUAGAUUUAGAGUAGAUAAAAGUUUGGUUUCUCCAUAUCCAUUUGUAUCAAAAACUUUAAGAGAAUUAGAUAAGCCAGAAUCUGAAAAAAUAAAUAAACACUGUUGUGGUGUCACUUUACAAAAUGAAGGAAUAGGCUAUGAAGAUUUGAAUGAUUUGAUUAAAAAUCCACAAGAUUUAAUUUUUACAAUAGAAUUAAUAAAUGUUAUACAAUCAGAUGAAUAUGAAAAACAAAUUUGGCAAAUGACAGAAAGUGAAAGGUUUGAAUAUAUACCUGUACUUAGAGAAAAAGGAAAUAAAUUUUUUAAAGAAAAAAAUUAUGAUGCUGCUUUGGAAGCUUAUAAAACAGCAAUAGGAAUUGUAGAACAAUUGAUGAUUUUAGAAAAACCAAGAGAUGAAGAAUGGAUGAAACUAAAUAAAAUCAAAACUCCUUUACUACUUAAUUAUGCACAGUGUAAAUUAUUAAAAAAAGAGUAUUAUGAAGUCGUAGAGCACUGUACAACUGUCUUAGAAAUUGAACCAGAUAAUGUCAAAGCUUUGUACAGAAGAGGAAAGGCUCAUAUUGGUGUAUGGAAUCAAACUGAAGCUAGUCGUGAUCUUAUGAAAGCAGCUGAAUUAGAUCCCACCUUAAAAUCUAUUAUAGAAAAAGAGUUAAAAAAUUUCCAACAAGCUUUAAAACAAAAAGAAAAGUCUGAAAGAAAAUCAUUAAACCAAAUGUUUUCUUCUUAAAAGUGUUUAAACUAUUUUAU